GAACGAGAGCCAGUUCAACGGCGGACAUGAUGUAGUGCGGUCUGCGCGCAUCAUCGUUUUACUUACUUAUCUCGAGUGUGCAAAAACUCCGGUGAUAAUAAUUGCCGAACUGCGUGCGAAAGUUUUGUGCGAUUGUGAUGUGAACCCGUUGACUUGGUUUGGGGGAAGGUGUAACUGAUCAAUCAUCCGCCACGGACAGGAAUACGAAACAGUGACACGAGUGGUUUACGGAUAUUACUAUUUUAUUUUGUUAUUUCGAAAACAGUGCAAGUGCAGAAAAAUUCAAGUUCAGUGUACCUGACGAUGGCACGUGAUCGGCAAUAAGUGCGGCGAUGUCGAGUGAAAUGCACAACGCCAGACCGGGAAACGGUCUUAGUCUGAGUGUUCUAGAUCUGGCAGCAAUCAGGAGGCUACUGGAUACGGAGAACACGGCGGGUACCUGUCCAAGUUGCGAUAUGCCGUUCGAUAAAGGCAAAAAACGGAGACUCAUCGAUAACUGCGGUCAUGAGCGAUGUUACUCCUGUAUGUUUACAAAUGAAGCCUGCCCAUUAUGUUCCUUAAACAAUUCCGCUUCGAAAACAGAUGGUCCGACCGUUAAGAAUUCAAAUUACAUGGGUCUGCGGGGCUCCGAGAUCACACUUUAUGGGGAAACGCAGGCACCGCCACCGUCGCAAAUACAACAGGAGAAGGUCGGAAAAAUCAGACCCGAAGCGAUAAUCAGGAAUGGAAACGUUAUAAUCAAGAGCCGGCAGGAUUUGUCGUCGACGGAAUUCGGACACCCGGAGAAACUUCCGAAAACGAGACCGAGCAACCCGCGCAUUAAACUGGACCAAGGCGCGAUGACUCAAAGCUGUCCGACGCCACCGCAACUGCGAAAGAAGUUCUUUCUCAGUCCGAAGGCCUUGCGGAGUCCGUUCUCCGGCAGGAACCGACAGCCGUCCAACGAUUCAGCACUUUCAGCAAUAAUGACAUCUUCUGCAACAUCGACAGAAGGUCGCCAUUGGCCGAGCGUCGUCCUUGGAAAAAUCCGUUCCUUGUGGAACGCGGGAACAAGCAGUGCUGGAGCCGGUCUAAAUCAACUUAUUUCAGAUGAUGAAACGAACGUGAAACCGGCGACCAAAAAAUCGGACGAUAUGUACAUGCGUCUUGGAUUGCUUCUCGGCGAUGGUGCUCGAAGGUCCAAACGCAACCAGAACAAGAACAGUCACGAAUCUUGCUCAUCGUUGGCAAGCUACGAGGCUGCCACCAUGAUGUCGUCCAACACCAGUCCCGUUUCGACACUGACAGGCAGUUCGGAGGACCAGCACCGCAACAACCCCAGUUCGGACAGCGUGGCCUCCCUCAUGUCCAUGUCCAUGUCCGGACAGAGCAACUGCAGCUCAAGCCCCGUCAGUCGAAGGCACAGUGUCACCACCUCCCAACCUGGUCAUGUAGAGGAUCUCAGUAUGUUUAAGAAUAGGAAGACUUGUAUAAGAAGGUCGGCGCGCACUGGAACCAUCAAGGGCCCUAUCGAUCCAAAAAUACGUUUCGCCCAAUAUAGAACCCCGCAAUUGACUCUCAAGCCUUUGUUCUUUGAAGUGCCGUCUCAGGAAACUGAACCUUUGUUCGUUGGAAGACAUUGGCUUAUUAAAGAAAUUGAAGACAUAGUUGGUUCUUCGAGUCCUGGAGUUUUACUAACUGGUAAUCCGGGCACCGGAAAAACUGCCUUAAUCCUUCAGCUCGUAGAGUACAGUUGUUUUGGACGAAAAAAGGAGCCGAUCUACCAAACUCCCAGUUUAUCUGGCCUUAAUUCCCCCGAACGGUCGAGAAGUCCUCAAAGUUUCUAUUAUCAAAUCGACAUCAUUUCCGAGAAGAUUAAACACUUAGCCAGUUGUGUGGUAGCCUAUCAUUUUUGUCAAGCUGAUAACAAUAAUACGUGUUUGGUGCCGGACUUCAUCCAUUCAUUGGCAGCUCAAUUGUGUCAAGCACCUCAACUAAUUGCCUACAGAGAUCAUCUUUUAAACGAGCCACAUUUGCAAUCAGCUUUGUCUUUGAAGGAAUGCAUUGCGAAUCCAGACGUAGCUUUAACAAGAGGAAUUCUGGAGCCUCUGGCGAGUUUAAGAAGGGUUGGAAAAAUCGACAACUUAAAUUGUGUUAUACUGGUUGACGGACUUUGCGAAGCCGAAUAUCACAGACCGGAUCACGGUGACACUAUCACAACAUUCCUUGUCAAGCACAUGCCCAAUUUUCCGUCGUGGUUGAAGAUUGUUGCUACUGUUAGGACUCAACUGCAAGAAAUCACGAAACAAUUGCCUUAUACUAGAGUGUCUUUGGACAACGUCGUGAGUAACGAGAAUAUCAAUAAGGAUGUUCUUGCGUACAUAAACUUCAGAGUGCAAAACAGUCCUUCUAUUCAAAACAACAUAACUAUCACAAAUUCGGGAAAGGUGGAAAGCUGUAGUGUUUCCAAUCACAAGUUUUCGCAACACUUACUAAGCUUAAGUCAAGGUUCAUUCUUAUUUGCGAAACUAACUUUAGAUCUUCUGGAAAGAGGACAAUUAGUAGCCAAAUCAUCAGGUUACAAAGUUCUGCCUGUAACUCUUGCCCAAAUAUAUUUAUUACAUUUCAAUCUAAGAUUCCCAACAAUCAGAUCGUUCGAAAAAGUUACCCACAUCUUGAGCGUCUGUCUUACAGCUUUAUACCCUCUAACUCUUCUAGAAAUUUAUUACUCAGUCAAUUCGUUAUUGGUUGACAAUUUUUUGCCCUGGAAAGAAUUUUUACAAAGAUUCAAACUCCUGUCGGGCUUUCUCGUGAAACGCCUCGACGACACAUACAUGUUCUUCCAUCCUUCAUUCAGAGAGUGGUUGAUCCGCCGCGACGACAACGAAGCCACGAAAUUCCUGUGCGACCUCCGAUCCGGCCACGCCGGUAUCGCCUUCAGACUUAGCAGAGUCCAAGCACCACUAGACCCGGAAAAAACUCUGGAACUCGGCCACCACAUCCUGAAAGCUCACGUGUACAGGAACAUGUCCAUCCCCAACAUCAGCUCACGCGACUUGCAAGCCACGUGGAUUGCUGAGAGUUCAGACAACAUAUCUGCCGCAUUAUGCAACUUGAGAAACAUGUACAGUCCAAACGUCAAAGUAUCAAGGUUGUUGUUACUGGCGGGUGCUUCACCGAAUUACAUAACGGACUUCUUGGGCAACGCCCCCGUUCUAUGUAUGUAUUCACACGAGGGAAUCGUGCCAAUGGUCUCGCUUCUUUUGGAGUUUGGAGCCGAUGUUGAGCUGACCAAUAGUCAAGGUUGCACCGCUCUCUCUUUAGCCUCCUCCAAAGGACAUUGUGAUGUGGUGAGGCAGCUAAUCGCAGCGGGGGCAAGUCCAGGUCACGCCGACACAGGCGGAUACUGCCCAUUAAUACACGCAGCCAGAAACGGCUGCUUGAACGUCGUGGGAUAUUUAUUAGCUUGCGACUGGGUGAUAAAGAACCCGGAGGACGUGGAACUCGCAGAAGCCGCCCAACAAGCAUUAAUUGCGGCGGCUGGACAAGGCCACGUGGAUAUCGUCGAAUAUUUACUAGAUAUGGCGGAAAUCAACGCCGAUUUGCCGGACACAAUUACAGGAGAAACUGCUUUGACAAUAGCCGCAGCUAACGGUUGCCAUGCGGUUUGCUCGGCUUUGAUCAAUAGAGGAGCGAGUUUAUCGGUGGUGAAUAAAAAGGAAAUGGCGGCUCUACAUUUGGCAGUUAAGGAAGGACACUGGGCGGUUGCAGAAAGACUUAUUCAGAACCAUGCUGCCAUUGAACAACCAGAUAACUCUGGAAGGUCUCCUUUAAUGUUGGCUGCUGCUGAAGGCCACGUUGGGCUGAUCGAACUAUUACUUGAUAGAGGAGCUGACUUGAACAAAGAAGACCGUGAGGGACUUACUGCUUUGUGCUGGGCGUGCUUAAGAGGAAAGAUGCAAGCUGCUCAAACUUUGCUAGAAAGAGGUUCAAACAUAAGUCAUACUGACAAAACAGGAAGAACACCUUUAGAUCUGGCGGCGUUUCAAGGUAAUCCAUCGUUGGUGCAGUUUUUACUAGACAGAGGAGCUGUCAUAGAGCACGUGGAUGUAAACGGCAUGCGACCGUUGGAUAGAGCAAUUGCUUGCAGGAACAUUCAGGUAGUGCAGUGUUUUCUGAAGAAAGGAGCGAAAUUAGGACCGGCUACAUGGGCUAUGGCUGCAGGCAAACCGGAAAUUAUGCUUAUACUUCUCAAUAAACUUCUGGAAGAUGGAAACAUUUUAUACAGAAAAAGUCGAUUGAGAGAGGCGGCCCAUAGGUACCAAUACGCUCUGAAGAAGUUCCCCACAGACGAUCAAGGAGAACACAAUAAACCUUUCCAUCAAUUACAAGUCAACUUCCUACUUAACUACUCCCGGUGUAAAAGAAAACUCAACGAAUUCGAAGAGGCAGUGGAACUAGCUAACGAAGUCUUAGAAAUGAAGCCGGACUCGUACGAAGCGUAUUACGCAAGGGCGAAGGCGCGAUUAGACUUGAAGCUCUACGAACUGGCGUUGACGGACGUGAAGGAUGCGAUGCGACUGUCACCACCGCAAAACAUGGAGGUCCGAAAAGUUCUGGCUUACCUGCAGGAGGACAUAUCGAAUAGAAUGUGCACGAAAAAUCCGAAAAUAGGCAUGAACCGAGAUUAUGCCGUCUCAGUUGAUACUUUAUUGGAAUAAAUUUUAAUCCGAACAACAACAAAAAAUUUUACUCAGUGCCUUUUAUGUGCAUUAUUUGGAAGACUGAUUUAUAUUUCAAAAUUAUAAAUAAAUUUUUGUGAAUAUAUAGGAUAUAGAUACCGCUUUGUAUAUAAUUUAAAUUAAUUUAUUUUUGACUGUUGACAGAUUUUGGGUUUCUUAUCAUUCCCAGGGAUGACUAUCCUGUUUGUUUGUUAUUUAUUUAAAUAGCAUGUACUAUUUUUUAAUAUGUUUUUAACGCAGUUUUUAUAGUCACAUUGUCUUGAAUUCUGUUUUAUGCAGCGGUGGUAGAUUUUAUUAUGCUUUAAAAUCUUUAUACAAUAAGGUAACAACAAGGGCUAUUUUAUGCCAUAAAAUUAUUACCUUAUUUUCCUGAAACCGACUUUAUUAGUGUUGUUUUUUUUUUGUUAUAUAUUUAUUUUGAGAUAUCAAUGUUAAAUCAAUUUAUUUAAUUUACUUACGUCGCAAUAUUGUAUUUGUAUGUAAUACAAAGGUUGUCAAAAUUUCUUGCCAAGCAUGUAAAAAUUAUACUAGUUUAAUCCAGUAUCUAAAAUUUUGGCAGUGCAACUGUUUUUUUUUGUGUGAAAUAUUUAUAUGUAUUUAAUAUAAAGGUGCUAUAAUAAAAUUGUAUCAACUAUUUAAAUGAACUGAAUACUUAAUAAAGCAAAUAGUAAGAAAA